ACUUGCUGUUCGGAGUUUCAAUAAAGCAUUUUAAAACAAUACCUUUAUAUCUGUAUUUAAAACUAUCUGGCUUUAAAGGAAAAUUCAACUGAUAAUUAAAAAGUCGAUAUGAGAAUAUUAACUGCCGCUCAAAAAUUUUCCAAAACAACCAAACUCUGUUUGGAACGUAAUUUUUCUGUAACAUCCCAGUUAGCACUCUCAAAUAGAAAGCCUACAAAGGCUUCACUUAUUUUGGAAAAUGGAAAACGAAUGCAAGGUUAUACCUUCGGAAGUGAAGUUUCCAGUGCUGGAGAAGUAGUUUUCAACACAGGAUUAGUAGGAUAUCCAGAAGCUUUGACAGAUCCAAGCUAUAGAGGUCAAAUUUUAGCCUUAACAUAUCCUAUUGUUGGCAAUUAUGGUGUGCCAAAUACAAAAGAAUUAGAUGAGUUUGGACUUAGGAAAUAUGUCGAAAGUGAUAAAAUCCAGGUUGCUGGGCUUUUGGUUCAAGACUAUAGUCAUCACUAUUCCCAUUGGAACGCAACCAAAUCCCUAUCGGACUGGUUGAAAGAGGACAAUGUUCCAGCCUUGUACGGAAUUGAUACGAGACAACUUACAAAGCAUAUUCGAGAUAAGGGAACGGUUCUGGGUAAAAUUGAAUUUACCGACCAGCCAAUUGAUUUCGUUGAUCCAAACUUGAGAAAUUUAAUGGCUGAAGUAUCAGUUAAAGAACCUCAGAUAUUUGGAAAAGGCAACAAAUAUAGAAUUGUCGCAUUGGACUGUGGCAUAAAGCAUAACAUGAUAAGAAAUCUUGUAAAGAGAGGUGCUGAGGUCAAACUUGUACCAUGGAAUUAUGAUAUAUCGCAAGAGGAAUACGAUGGACUUUUCUUAUCAAAUGGACCAGGCGAUCCAGCUUUAUCAACUGAUGCUAUUAAAAACUUGAAAAAAGUAUUGGAUAGUGAUAGGAAAGAACCUUUAUUUGGUAUUUGUAUGGGUAACCAAUUGACGGCUCUUGCAGCUGGUGCUGAAACAUAUAAGCUCCCUUUGGGAAAUAGAGGUCAUAACCAACCAGUAAUUAAUAUGUUAAAUGGACAAGCAUUCAUUACAUCUCAAAACCAUGGAUUCGCAAUUAAUGACAAGACUUUGCCGGAUGGAUGGAAACCACUUUUUGUCAACGCAAAUGACCAAACAAAUGAAGGAAUAAUGCACGAAACCAAACCAAUCUAUACUGCUCAAUUUCAUCCAGAAGCGUACGGUGGACCAACAGAUACUGAGUAUUUGUUUGACAAUUUUAUGGAUUUAGUUAAAUCUCAGGGAAAGCAUAUUUCUAAAGUAGCUAAGCCUGUUAUACCUAUGCCUGAACGAAUUCAAGUAAAGAAAGUUUUGGUUCUCGGAAGUGGUGGUCUAUCUAUUGGACAGGCUGGCGAAUUUGAUUAUAGCGGUUCUCAAGCUAUUAAGGCCCUAAAGGAGGAGAACAUUGAAACAAUUCUUAUGAAUCCUAAUAUUGCUUCUGUACAAACAAAUGCUGAGGGUGAGAAACAAGCUGACAACGUUUAUUUCUUACCAAUUACACCUGAUUACGUUGAGAGUGUUAUCAAGGAGGAGAAACCCGACGGUAUUCUAUUAUCUAUGGGAGGUCAAACAGCCUUAAACUGCGGUGUAGAAUUAUACAAGAAAGGAAUUUUUAAGAAAUAUGACGUUAAAGUACUUGGCACACAAAUCGAUUCAAUCAUAUCAACAGAAGAUAGGCAAAUUUUUGCUGAUAAACUAAAAGAAAUUAAUGAAAAGUUGGCUCCUUCCAUAGCUGUCGAAACUGUCGAAGAUGCAAUUAAGGCUGCUGAAGAAAUAAAAUAUCCAGUCAUGCUUAGAGCGGCAUAUGCCCUAGGAGGCUUCGGUUCUGGUGUGGCUGAGAAUGAAGAAAAACUUCGAGAUAUUGCAACUAAAGCUUUGGCUUAUUCCAGUCAAAUCUUAGUAGAACAAAGUUUACUUGGGUGGAAAGAAGUAGAAUACGAAGUGGUUAGAGACGCACAUGAUAAUUGCAUUACUGUAUGUAACAUGGAAAAUUUCGAUCCUCUUGGCGUUCAUACAGGAGACUCUAUUGUUGUUGCUCCAAGUCAGACAUUAUCUAAUCAAGAAUAUCACAUGUUGAGAGAAACUGCUAUUAAGGUUGUUAGACACUUUGGAAUUGUUGGAGAGUGCAAUAUUCAAUACGCAUUGCAUCCUGAAUCUUUAGAAUAUUGUAUUAUUGAAAUUAACGCCCGAUUGUCAAGAAGCUCGGCUUUGGCAUCCAAAGCUACCGGAUAUCCUUUGGCUUUUAUAGCAGCUAAAUUGGCUUUGGGAAUUACUUUACCAAAGAUUCCUAAUGCUACAACAAUGUCCACAACUGCAUGUUUUGAACCUAGUCUCGACUAUAUCGUGACCAAAAUUCCAAGAUGGGACUUGGAUAGAUUUCAACAUACAUCUAAAGAAAUUGGUAGUUCAAUGAAAAGUGUGGGCGAAGUUAUGGCUAUAGGUAGAACUUUUGAAGAGAGUUUACAAAAAGCUCUUCGAAUGACACAUCCAUCUGUGGAUGGAUUCACAGCAAAACUUCCGGCUGGCAAAGACUAUCCUGAAGAUUUCAAGUUAAACGAUAAUCUAAAACAGCCACAAAAUUCCCGUAUUCAUUAUAUCUGCAAGGCCCUACAAGAAGGAAAAACUGUUAAUGACAUUCAUCAAUUAACACAAAUUGAUCCAUGGUUCCUGCAUAAACUUAAUCGUAUUGUAAAAAUGGAAAAGAACUUUGCAAAACUUGAUUGGUCUCAACUAGACAAUGAAGAUAUACUACUUGCCAAACAGGCAGGUUUUUCAGAUAAACAAUUAGGAUCUGCGUUGAAGUUGCCAGAAAGUGAAGUAAGAAAGAUAAGAGAAAGUAAAAACAUUAAGCCCUUCGUUAAACAAAUUGAUACAAUGGCUGCUGAAUAUCCUGCAGUAACAAACUAUUUAUAUUGUUCAUACAAUGGAAUGGAACAUGAUGUGACCUUUAAUGACAAGGGAACAAUGGUUAUGGGUUGCGGUCCCUACCAUAUUGGUAGUUCUGUUGAAUUUGAUUGGUGUGCCGUAUCUUCUAUUAGAACUUUAAGACAGGACGGCGAAAAGACUAUUGUUGUUAAUCAUAAUCCAGAAACAGUGUCAACUGAUUUUGAUGAGUGUGAUAAAUUAUAUUUUGAAGAAUUAUCUUUGGAAAGAGUGAUGGAUAUCUACGAACAAGAAAAAUGCAAGGGAGUUAUAGUAUCCGUCGGAGGGCAAAUCCCAAACAAUCUUGCUUUACCGUUGUAUAAGAAUGGGGUAAACGUAUUGGGUACUUCGCCGAUAAUGAUUGACAAAGCCGAAGAUAGAUCCGUAUUUUCUGCAAUUUGUGAUGAAAUUGGAGUAGAACAAGCCUCUUGGAGAAGUUUGAGCAGUUUGGAAGAUGCUUUGGACUUUGCUGCAUCUGUUGGUUAUCCGUGUUUGCUUCGACCAUCCUAUAUCCUUUCAGGUUCUGCCAUGAAUGUAGCCUAUGGGCCUCAAGAAUUGAAAAAAUUCUUGCAGCAAGCUGCUGAAGUUUCCCAGGAUCAUCCUGUUGUUAUUACUAAAUUCAUUCUUGGAGCUAGAGAAGUUGAAAUGGAUGCUGUUGCAAAGGAUGGACAGGUUGUGGGUCACGCAAUGUCAGAGCAUGUCGAGGAUGCUGGAGUUCACAGUGGAGAUGCUACACACAUCCUUCCAACUCAAACUAUAAGCGAAGAAGCCAUUAACAAAAUUAAAGAUGUCACUCGUAAAAUUGCCAAACGAUUUGAAAUAUCAGGACCUAUGAAUAUGCAGUUUUUAGUAAAAGAUAAGGAUGUUUUCGUGAUAGAAAUGAACCUUAGAGCCUCAAGAUCAUUCCCAUUUGUAUCAAAGACUAUCGGAACUGAUUUGAUAGCAUUAGCAACGAAGAUUAUGACUAAUCAUCCGAUUGAUAUUGAAUCUCUUCCAACAUUAGAAAACCCUCAUAAUCCCAAAGAUUAUAUUGGGCUAAAAGCGCCUAUGUUUUCUUGGCCUCGUUUAAGAGAUGCUGACCCUCUUCUCCGAUGUGAAAUGUCCUCCACUGGUGAGGUAGCUUGCUUCGGAAAGGACGUUCAUUCAGCCUUCUUGAAAGCUAUAAUGUCAACUGGAUUUAAACUGCCGCCAAAGAAUGGAAAAAUCUUAAUUGGAAUCCAACAUAGCUUCCAGCCUGACUUUUUACCAACUGCAAAGGCGUUCAAUGAUAGAGGAUAUCAACUCUAUGCCACACAGGCCACCGCUGAAUAUUUAGAACAGCAUAACAUACCAGCCAAAACGGUCGGAUGGCAAGUAGCUAAAAAUGCUGGUGAUGAAGAAUUUCCAACAGCAACCAAAUUAAUUCAAAAUAAGGAAGUGGAUUUGGUUGUGAAUCUUCCAAAUCAUAACACGAAGUAUGUCCAAGAUAAUUACUUGAUAAGACGAUCGGCUAUAGAUGCCGGUGUACCUCUACUAACAAACUUUCAGAUUGUAAAGUUAUUCGCUGAAGCUUUGGAUCACGCUGAAGACUUAGAUGUAUCUUCAUUGUUUCAUUAUAGAUUGAAAAAAGAUAAAACAUCCUCUGUUUAGUUGUUUGAUCUAAAUAAAAGAAAUGCAAUUGCUUGCAUAAACCAGUAGC